GCACGUGGGCGCGCGGGAGGCGGCGGCCGCUGCUGCCGCUGCCGGAGCCCAAGCCCGAGCCCGAGCCGGCGAGAUCGCCCUCCAUGCUGCGUGCUCUGCGGACGCCUUCCGCUCAGCCUCUGGCCGGAGCCCAGCCCUGCGAGCCCCGCGAGCCGGUGAAGCAGAGGAGGGGAGGGGACACGGACAGGAGGAGGGGCGCGGCGGGCUGGGGCGAGUCGGGCUCUGAGCUAGGGGCGCCGGCAGCCGAGAGGAGGCAGCCGGGCGCUCUCAUUCGCUCUUUGCUCCAGCCGCUGCUGGGGGUUUCAGGCAGCGCGACGCCGCGGCACUCUUUCUAGGCGGCGGCCAGCGGAGGCUUCCUGCAGCCGGCCCCCAUUCCGCGGGCGAGUCCCUCGUUUAUCCCGGAGGACGCGCCCGGCAGCUCUAGAAGCGAGCGCUAAGUCCGAAGUCAGCCCCCAGCGCCGCCAACUUCCUCGGAAGCCCCUCUCUCCGCCGCAGCCUGCGCCAGCCCUGGAAACGAUGCGCCCCCAGCUGGGCGGCGCGCCCUCUGUCAACUCGCCACCCAUGGGAUCCACUGCCCUCGGCUGCCCUGCUCGGAGCGCGUAGCCUUCGCCGCGUGGCCCGGGAGAGGAGCGAGACACUAAGGCGUUUCGCGGAUUCCGCGCUCGCCAGUCUGCUGAGGUCUCCUGCGGGAGCAGCGUCCGUACCCAGGGACCUGGAAGAGACCUCCGUCUUUCGGGGCUUGGAGAAGGCUCUACUGGGACCCGUGUGGGGUGAAGAAAACCAUCCCUAUGGUGGUGGCCUGAGCAGAUUAUCUUAACCCCAAUGUUGCCCUGAGUUUUGUGUUCAAUAUUUGAGAAGAUUAGGACAGAUAAGAUGCCUCAGGAACAGUACACACACCACCGGAGCACCAUGCCCAGCUCCGAGGGGCCACAGGUAUACAAAGUAGGGAUUUACGGCUGGCGGAAAAGAUGCUUGUAUUUCUUUGUCCUACUCCUGAUGAUUUUAAUACUGGUGAACUUGGCCAUGACCAUCUGGAUUCUCAAAGUCAUGAACUUCACAAUUGAUGGAAUGGGAAACUUGAGAAUCACAGAAAAAGGUCUAAAGUUAGAAGGAGACUCAGAAUUCCUACAACCUCUGUACGCCAAAGAAAUCCAGUCCCGACCAGGUAAUGCCCUGUACUUCAAAUCUGCCAGAAAUGUUACUGUGAACAUCCUCAAUGAACAGACUAAAGUGCUAACUCAGCUGAUAACAGGUCCAAAUGCCAUAGAAGCUUAUGGCAAAAAGUUUGAAGUAAAGACGGUUUCUGGAAAAUUGCUCUUCUCUGCAGAUAACAAUGAAGUCGUAGUGGGAGCUGAAAGAUUGAGAGUUUUAGGAGCAGAGGGCACAGUGUUCCCUAAAUCUAUAGAGACACCUAAUGUCAGGGCAGACCCCUUCAAGGAACUAAGGUUGGAAUCCCCCACCCGGUCUCUGGUGAUGGAAGCCCCAAAAGGAGUAGAAAUAAAUGCAGAAGCCGGCAAUAUGGAAGCCACCUGCAGAACAGAGCUGAGACUGGAGUCCAAAGAUGGAGAGAUUAAGUUAGAUGCUGCGAAAAUCAAACUACCCAGAUUGCCUCACGGAUCCUACACACCCGCGGGAACGAGGCAGAAGGUCUUCGAGAUCUGCGUUUGUGCCAACGGGAGAUUAUUCCUGUCACAGGCAGGAACUGGUUCCACUUGUCAGAUAAACACAAGUGUCUGCCUGUGAGAGACUAUCCAUAGUGGACACUGUCGCAGCAUAAAGGCCUUUUUUGGCUUUAGACCCUGGCUGCCAGCUAUUUUUACUAUAACACAGAAAGCCUAUCAAAGACCUUUUGUGUGUGUGUGUGCGUGGGUGCGUGCGUGUGCGUGUGGGUGGAUAUAAAUAUAUAUAAAUAUAUAUAUAAAUAAAUAUAUAUAUCCUCUGUAUAAAAUGAGGUUUCAGUACAAAAGGAACCAUGGGUGACCCUGUGAUGUCCACUGUCAUGUCCAUCCCAACCCCACCACGUCCAUGACAAAAUCAAAAUGCUACUUCUGGCCCACUGUUCUCCAGACCCUUCAGAAUCACACAGUGUGUUGACAUUCACUGAAUAUUCACCUACCUGUUUGAUAGACAGCCUGUCUCCUCCUUUAGUGUCAUUACAAGGAAGUGAUGGCGGGAAUUUGCAAGGCACACCCCAGGGCCAAGACCCUUGUAGUCAAAACAGACACUAGUUUCCUUUUUUAGCUGUAGCGCAGCUAGCCAACUUCUCUCUCUUUGGGGUAGGGAUGGGGCAGUGCCCGAGAAGUCAGCCAUAGGAACUCAAAUGAUUCUUCUCCUUUUUUGCAGCCAAAUGCCCUGGGACUUUUGUAGUUGGAUAAAUUAGAAGGAUGAAUUUUAGCAAAGUUUGAACUGCCACCCAACUGCUUCUAGCUUACUUCCUUCCAACUCACAUAUCCCACAGUCAAAAUAGGAGCUGUAAAUCAGCACAAGAUAGGAUAACAGCUGCUCCUAAGUCGGCUGAAAGCUAGUCAAUGGUCUGACAGAUAAAGAAUAAAUAGGCAAUAUGUCUCUGUUUAGAGGGGGGGGAUGGCUCAAAAUCUGUUACGUCCUCACUUUGGACUUGGUCCAAUAGACUCCUACCCAAAAUAAUCAGGCCAAUCAGAAUCCUUGAGUAGAACCGCUACUCCAGAGAGAAGCUAUUCCGAGGUGGAAAUCAAAGAGUGGCAAACAGAACCACAUCAUUUUUAAGCACGUUUUCUGGGCUUGGUAGGUCUUUUAGAAACAUGACUUAUUUUUAAAGGCAUGCACAAACUGUGUCUUCCAGGCUCUUAUGUAUUUUUUUCAGUAUUGGGAUAUUUGUUUUCUUCAAUUUACCAUUGUUUUCUCUGAGAAUAGUGACCCAAGAAUCACAGACCAAAAGGCCCACAUGCCCCCAGAAAUGCCCCCAGGAAGUUAAUCUAGACUGAGUCAAGUGUCUUUAUUAGCAUCACUGUGUCGCCUGGGGCUCAGCAGUACCCACAUUGGCAUGUGUAGAAGCAGCUCCCUAAUUCCCGCCAUCAGCUACCUCUCAUCACUCCACUUUCAUCAUCACGCUCCAGGGUCACCCUGGCCAGCUCUUGUGCUGGGACAGGGGAUUACAUCAUCUCUGUUCAAAGAGGGGGAAAUGUGCCUAUGCCUUAAGUCAAUGCACUCAGCAAGGAGAAGCACAUCCUAUUUAUCUUGUUGUCACCUGUAGUUUAUUUUGAAUGAUUGGAGGGGAAGGGUUUAAUAAUGAUGGGGCAUCUUAAAGCUGGUAGACCAGGUGGCUGACAGAUGUGGACCCUUAAGGAACCCACAUCUAGGAAUCGAAGACACAACUGGCCUAGACAGUCUCGGAUGCCAUACGCUAAGCAGCGGCCCCACAAUCCUAAAUGAAGUCAUAUUGGUGGUCUGAAUGGCCUUUGUUUUUUUUCCUCAACAAGGUUCUACUUUUUCUUACUUCACAAGCAGAGGGGAGAUUUGCCAUAGGAAAUGAACAAGAGGCUUGGUAUUUUUGAGAUGACACUCAAGAAUCAGGCGGAGGUUUGCACACAUUGGAUGGAAAAGCAAGCUGUAUGUUUACUUAGUCACUUAGUGAUGGAGGGAGGGGGAAUGGUUCUCACCUGACCAGGAGCCCUGCUGUCUCCCAGACCCCUGGCUCCCUCCAGUCACUCUUGCUCAGUCUCCCUGUAAAAUAAUUGAGCUGUUCAAGGGUGAGACUGUUAAGAUUUCUUCAUUUGCAGCACUAGGGUCUAAAAAGGAAAACUGUAAAAAUAUAUCCAAUUGCUCUGGAUCACUACUACUUCUAUCCUGCAGGAUCACACUGCCAGAAUCUGCACAUACCACACCCAGGGUUUUUCCAAGCCAGGAAAGGCCCCCCCUGCCCUGUCAACCGGGAGCAUUUACCCACUAUCAUUCCCAUCACUGGUAGUAGCUAUGACAUCCUUGGUGGAUAAAACUGAAGACAAGGAUUUGUUUGUUUGUUGUGUUUUGUUUUGUUUUGAAGCAGACAGACCAUCUUUGCACUUAGUCAUGUCAAGUACAUAUCCUCUGGAUGACAAAGAAAUGGAAAAUUCCCUAAACCUCUUUCACAGAAUUUUGUUCUAAUUAUUAUACAAAAGUUUGAGAUCAGCACCUGGGGAGUUUUAUGCCAAUAAAAAAAGACUUGUGUGAUCCCACUCGCAAAAUUUAAUUCUAUAGGUAAUCAGAUCACAAACAGAAUAAAAAGAAUGUUAGCAACCAAGAAGAGAAAUCAAGCACCUGUGUGGACAGACAUGAUGAAAAAAUUCUGAUUUUCAUUUGUGCUUAAGUAACCACACUAUCCCAGGUAAUGAGCAGGAUGUUUGACAUGGGUUAAUUAUAUAUUUCCGUUCAGACUUUAGAUUUCAGUAAGUGCAUAUUAAGUCUUUCAAUGUACAUUUUUUUUUCCCCAAUUCUUCCAACUAGAGUAUCUGUCCAUGGUCAUGAGAAAACAUUUUACCUGAAUUCUGGGGGAAGAAAUCCCUUUUACAUUAAAAUCUGCUAACUUUUAAUUUUAAAAAAUGAGAUUCUUUCUAAUCUUUCUAUAUAAUAUCUUCUAGACAAUCACAUCUUUCAGUAUAUUAAGCAGUGGGCAGCAUAAGAGAGUCCAAAUGAAUUUUCUAUAUUCUAGAAGUUUUAGUACAUUCCUACUCUUUGGGAAAGUUUUAUAAAUUAAAAGUUGAUCUCCAAAUAAGUUUAGCCCUUAUUGGAUUAUUCAAUAGCAUUCUAUUGGAUAUCUGCUCAAUAGUUUGUAAAACUCACUCUUAAGAAACUACCAGAGUAUGGUGGAGAUUUCCAAAAGCCCUUACAGUGGCAUCUGACUGGAAACUUGCCAUGCAGCUUUAUAUUUCUGUUACCCAAGGGACAGAUCCUGUAAACUUGAAUUGGCUUCUAAUUUCCUUUAGUUUUCUCUUGCAUGAUUUUCACUGUAUAUCCAGCACCAUAGACCAAAGAUUGCUUUAGGCUUGACUCUAGAGCAGGGACCAGAAAACUCUUCCUUAAACCAAAUGGAACUCAUCACCUGUUUUUAUAAAUGAAGUUUUAACACAGCCACAUCCAUUCAUUUCCAUGUCAUAUAUGGCUGAUUGCAUACUGUGCCAGCAAGGCUGAGUAUCUGUGCCAGAGACCUCUUGGCCCACGAAACAUAAAAUAGGUACUAGUUGGUCCUUUACAGAAAAAAAAAAAAGUUUGCUGACCCCUGACACAGAGGUCAUUUGUAGUCUCAUUUGUAUUGGACCUAGCAGGAGAGAAAGCAGACAGCAGCCUAGGUAAUCCUACAUUCCAUGUGUGCUUGGCAAUAUAAACACAUGGUUAGAAGAUGGUCUGACUUACAGUUUGGUGUAGAAGAGAUCCACUCGUCUAAGAAACAUAGGCUCAUGGGAUUCUCAGAAACAGGAAGGGUGGAAUUAGGGAAAUGUUUAGUGGAAGACGAAAGCUAUGAUCCACAAAAGGUUUUCUUUAGGACUCCUAAUACAUAGGUGGUUCCUCCAGUCAGCGUCACUGUGUGACAAGAGGUGAAGCAAGGAUCCUUUGAUUUAAAUUUAUAACCUCUUUCCUGAAGAGAUUAUUUCUGGAAACUCUACCUAGAGGUUUCCAUCCCAUCUUCCCAUAUUCCAGAAAGAUGCCCAUUCCAUGGUCUUGCAAAGAAUAGUUUUGACUUAUCUUCUUGGCAUCCAUCCAUUGGGUUACCCACACCUCCAGUGACCUUGCUUUCCUACGACCACAUCAGGCCUAAAGGGUUGGUGGGACCAAGAAAUAAUUAGAAAUAUUUGAAGAAACAUCUUAAACUAUGAAAGAAGAAAAAACAUAAAAGAAUUCUUUCAUGAAACUGUUGUUGGGCGUGGAGGGGGAGAAUCAGAAUCUGGCACUUUGAUGUUGUUGCCAAGGACCUAGGUCUUUGUUCUUUAGCGUAGUAGGAGUACCCAAAAAAAACCCCAAUUUUGAGCUCCACCACCUCUGCCUCUGUGUGGUCAGGCAGGUUUCUACCAGAGACUUGUCUCUUCAGUCAGCAUCUCUAUUGCUAAUCCAGAGCUUUAUACUCAUAUUCAGUAGGGUUAAAACAGCAUCAGUUAUGAAUGAUUCUUUGUAAGUAUGAAUAUUCCUUUUUUUGGUUUUUUUUUGUUGUUUUUUUUUAAUAAAAAUACCCACAAUGUCAGUUAAAGGAGUCCUCCAGCAUUUCCUCUAGAUUCGACUAAAAGAGGAUUAAAUUCCCCUUCACAUGAGCAGCUACAUGAGAAUAUCUUGCUUUUGUUUAUUUUAGGCAAAAGGGAGUGUGGUGUCUGGAUCAAGGAGGUACACAGAUCCAUUUAACCAACUGAUCCUUAUUUUUAAGGCUCUCUGCAAGGUGAAACUCUCACUUACGUACAUUGUAAACAAGACCGUGUCCUCUCUUUCCCUUGCUCCAGGAAAUCUCAGGCACAAAGAGGCUAAGGAAGCAGUUCCUAGAAUGAUACAUUUGCAUAGUGCACCCCAUAGCAGGUGGGGGGAAAAAGUCAUAAUAAAAGAAACAACCUUAGAAAACAGGCCUUUUAUCUCAAAGAUAAAAAUGUCUCUCUUUGGGUCUUUCAUCACUUUCUCCUCCGUAGAAGGCUCCCCCAGUUCCAGCAUAUUUCCAUUAAAAUAGUCAAAGCCACUGCACUGGGAUGUCAGAUACAUCUCUUUCUUUGUGGUAAUCAGAAUUUAAAAUUAUACAGUUGCCUCUGAAUUUCUCAUUCACAAAGCUAAACCGCUGAUAAGAGAUAAAGCACUCUGAAGCCUGCUGCUUCAGCCAGCAGAGCACACCACUCGCAUUGGCACUUUCAAAAGCAAUGUGAUUUCUACAGUUCUUAAAAGCUUUCUUCAUAAUAGAGUCCUUGAAAUUUCUCAAGGCAAGUCUGAAUGGCCAAGGAAAAAUAGUUAUUUGUGGGAGGUCCUCAUUUUGAGUAUUGUUAGAGCACAAGGAUAAAAGAAAACAUCCCAUUUGGGGUGGCCCAUGCUCUGUGGGCUACUUUCUUUGGUUUUAUCCCACCACCUUCCUUUUAUAGAUACUGACAGAGUAGAAAGUGAGCAUCUUCCCUUGGGACAAAAAAAAAAGGGAGAGAGCGAGCAGCUCAACAGGAUGCAACAGUAGAUGUGAUAUCAUAACAGCAUUAAUGAUUUUAUCAAAUCCAUCAGUAAACAGUCUCAAACAUACCAACAGCAAUGCUUAACUUCUGCCCAACAAAUGGUGAUAUCAAUUCCACUUCCAUCAGCUUAGCAAAUGAACAGAGGAAAAGUUGCUGUACGCAAGAAGUACUUACAAUCCAGCAGCUGCAAUGGGAAACCAGAAUAGUGUUCCAAAACGCCACAUGCCUUAGGCAUGUGGACACCCUUAUCAGGGAAAGAGAAGAUUCUGCUUCAUUGCUGAACAUUAGCUAAGGUCAGAUCAAUUAAACAAGCAGGAAGUUCCCUUCUUGGGGAGAAGAGAAAAGGAAACCUCUAUCUUACCUAAAAUCUACUCUGCACUCCUAAACUGGUCUAGUAGUUUCCCUUCUUCCAGUGUCUUUGCAGCUACUUCUACAUUUUGAGUUAUUCUGGUGACAUCAGAGAGAGCUCCGAUUUCAUCAAUUCCAAGCCAAUCUAUUGGAUUACACAGGAACAGUAUAGCAAAGGGUUGUCUGAGGGCAGGACAAUGCUAUUUGUUGACAAAGAGAACACUGAUGCUUUUUUAGCUCCCUAUUUAUGUAAUGCAUGAGGUCCUAACAUUUGGGGGGUCAUAAGUUCUCUGGAGAAUCUGAGAAAAAUUUUGAACCUUCUCCCCCAAAAGAAUCACACCCACAAAAUCUGGCAUACAUUCAAAGAGGUCUCUUUGGACCCAGAGCCUGCUCUAAGAUGUGGUAAGAGUGGGAUUCUAUUUUCCAACUAUAAGAAUAAUUUUUUAUUAACUAAUAUUCAUUGAGAACUUACUAUGUGCUAGGCACUACGCUAAGUGUUUUAUAUGCAUUCACUUCUUUCAUCUUCAAAGCAAGCCUUUGAGUUAGGUUCCCUUAUAGUUCCUAUCAACAGAUGAGGAAACUGAGAUUUAGAAAAGUUAGGAAACUUGCUCCAAGCCACUUGUUAAAAAAGUGCAGAGCUGAAAUGUGGGUCUAAGUCCAAACCGCUCUGCUGUGAAGUUGCCAACAUGCUAAGCUAUUUUUUGAGCUGUUAAGAAGUGUCUCCUACCAGUUUCUAGACGAUCCUUCUUGGGUGGAUGAGGCUGUAAAACUUUGAUCUCCCUCCUGUUUGUUGUCUCUCGUCUGUGACAGCAUCCUGUACUGAAGUAGAGAUACCUGCAGUGAAAAUAUAGAAGAUUUGUCUGAGUAAUAGCAUCUGGAAGGAAA